CCGGUGUAGCGACAUCGGCGACCCAGUCGCGCUCCGAAAGCGCAGCUCGUCGCAAGCUUCGCGCGCCGAUUUUCCAAACUAUCAUCAUUAACGUCUGCUAAUCACCUUCAAAAUAUUCAAAAACACGCAUUUCUUGUACUCAUUAGUCAAUAGCUUUCACAGCGAAUCAUAAAUACUAGAUAAACAGCGCGUGUGUGUACAGUGCGCAAAAAAACUUGAAGCAACACUGAGCAAACAACAAACACGACCGUUUGAUUUUUGUUAGUUUUAGCAAUGUUGUCAAAAUUCCGUGGAUUUUCACGGCUUGCGCAGCAAGGCACACGAUGCGCAAGCUCCAAACAAGUUUAUGCAAAAGAAGAGAAAUAUGUCGCGCAUAAUUAUCAUCCACUUCCUGUGGCGUUAUCCCGCGGUGAAGGUGUCUACGUGUGGGACGUCGAAGGUCGCAAAUACCUUGAUUAUUUAUCGGGUUAUUCAGCGAAUAAUUUCGGCCAUUGUCAUCCUCGCAUCGUGGACACACUCAAAACCCAAGCCGGAACACUCCAUCACACCUCCCGUGCAUUUUACUCUGACGUCCUUGGAGAAUACGCCGAGAAACUAACCAAACUUUUCGGUUAUGACCGAAUGUUACCAAUGAACACCGGAGUGGAGGCGGAUGACACCGCGUGUAAACUCGCACGUAAAUGGGGUUAUACCAAGAAAGGCAUCGCUGAAAACUCCGCGCAGAUAAUCUUCUGCAGUGAAAACUUUUGGGGGCGCUCCCUGGCGGCCAUUUCCGCAAGCACAGAUCCGUUGAGUUUUGAAAAUUACGGACCGUUUAUGCCUGGAUUCUCCUGUGUGCCUUAUAAUAAUCUCCAGGCGUUGGAUAAAGCGUUACAGGAUGCUACAGUAUGCGCGUUUAUGGUUGAGCCUAUUCAGGGAGAGGCAGGGAUUAUUAUUCCGGAUGAAGGUUAUUUGAAGGGCGUGCGGAAGUUAUGUAACAAGCAUAAUGUGUUGUGGAUCGCGGAUGAGAUACAAACUGGGCUUGGAAGGACAGGAAUGAGGAUAGCAUGUGAUUAUGAAGCUGUCAAACCGGAUAUUUUGGUUCUUGGCAAGGCGUUAGGAGGCGGGGUGUAUCCGGUAUCUGCUUGUUUAGCCAAUGACGAGGUUAUGUUGGUUAUGGAGCCAGGAACUCAUGGAUCAACCUUCGGUGGUAAUCCUCUGGGGUCUAAAGUUGCAAUGGCGGCGCUGGAUGUCCUUGAAGAAGAAAAACUCGCGGAGAAUGCGCAGAAACUCGGCGCGAUGUUCCGCCGUGAGUUAAAUAAUGCGAUUGAUAAGAAAAUAGCCAUUGAAGUGCGUGGGAAAGGCCUUAUGAAUGCUGUUGUUAUUAAUAGAAAUUAUGCUGAAGCAUGGGAUGUGUGCCUUAAGUUGAAAGAUAAUGGGCUUAUUGCGAAGCACACACAUGAAGAUACCAUUCGUUUUUCACCGCCGUUGAUCAUUAAUGAACAGCAAAUGAAGCAAUCGAUUGAUAUUAUCGUCAAGACGAUUGCAGAGUUUAGUAAAUAGACUAUUAUUAUAUACUUACUAUGACAGCAACACUAAAGUUUUGUAUUUUUAAGCGUUUUAAACGUUUUGUUAUAUUUUAUGAAUAAACAUUUUAUAUGAAAA